AUGCAACGUAACUUGACAAAGGAAGACCAGCAAAAGUGGAGCCAACUCGGUCUAUACAAAGACGAGCAGAACAUCAUUCGCUGCCGAGGAAGAAUCCAAGCGAAGCAUCUACCUAGAGACACAAUAGAGCCCAUCCUUCUUCUACCUAACCAACACUUAACACAUUUAAUAGUUCGAGACACUCGCAUACGCAACGCCACCAACUUCAAAUACAGCAACGAAAUUCUUUCCAUGGAAGACACAGACACUGUACGCGUCAAUACCACCAUCCAAACUUUCCUGACCAACGAAAAGAUCCGAUGGAAAUUCAUUACGCCGCUUUCACCAUGUAAAGGCGGAUUUUAUGAAAGAUUGAUUGGCAUGAUAAAACUAACUCUUAAACGUGUAUUAACAAGAAAACUACCCGACGAAACUACAUUCCUCACAACAGUAUUGGAAUGUGAAGCAAUGGUCAAUUCCAGACCUCUGGCAUGUGCAGGAAGUACCUUAGAAUACUCAUUAAUAAUCCAUCCGAUAGAUAUUCUGUUUCCUAAAGCCAAUCUCUUACCAUUUUCAGGUACGAUCACAAUUGAUGAUAACCACGACACGGAAUACCUCCCUUAUGUUUCCACAAAAGACCAGGCCAUACAGUACUACCGCACACAGAUGACCUACUUAAAAUGCCUAUGGCAUGAAUGGCAUAACACUUAUCUCCUGGAACUACGCAAUUUCCAUCAACACAGAAUCAAGCAGAAAAGCUUUACCCGCACACACCCGAAAAUCGGCAGAAGUAGUCCUUGUCAUGGAUGA